UCUGUUCAUUCUAAACUGUUCAAUUCUAGUUAAAUAUAUUGUUUAGUGUCCAUCUCUGUUAAAUUUCUAAGUAUCCUUUUAACAUGAACCGUUUUCCCUGUGUUUUCGUUAUUGUUGCUGUAUUGGUUGCCUUAACUCAGGCAGAUAUCAGUAAUCCACAAGUGAAGGCCACGUUUGAUAAGUGUGUCGGUUCGGAGAAAGCUACGCCAGGUGAUGUAGAAACCUUAAAAGCACAUUCAUCAGACCUAUCCAAAGAAGCCAAGUGCGUUAUUGCUUGCGUGAUGAAGGAGUUCCAAGUGCUUGCAGAUGAUGGAAAAAUCAAUCGGGACGUCUAUAUGAAACACGCCGAAGAAAUGUCCAAAGGUGAUGCCGGCAAGGUCACCCAAGCUACUGAAAUGUACGACAUUUGCUCUGCCAAAACUGUUGAUGAACCAUGCGAAUCGGCUUACAACUUCGGGCAAUGCAUCAAGAACGAAAUGAUCGCAAGGAAUAUGCCAUUGGAUCUGUAAAUUCACAGCUUUAACAUGAAAUUGAAACAACGGAAUAAGUAAAGACAAGCAAUCGAAGGCUAAACCCAUAUUCAGUAAUUAGUUUUUAAUUUGUUUUUCGUUAGCAAUGUUAUAGUUACAGCAACAGAGAAAAUGUUCAUUAA